AUGAGCCCUGCGUUAUCAUGGCCAUGGCAUAACCUCGGCAUUAGCAGGCCUGGUUCCUCCAUCACCCAGCAGAGACAUACUCCCCUGUCUGGUACAGGAGGCCUGGUUCCUCCAUCACCCAGCAGAGACAUACUCCCCUGUCUGGUACAGGAGGCCUGGUUCCUCCAUCACCCAGCAGAGACAUACUCCCCUGUCUGGUACAGGAGGCCUGGUUCCUCCAUCACCCAGCAGAGACAUACUCCCCUGUCUGGUACAGGAGGCCUGGUUCCUCCAUCACCCAGCAGAGACAUACUCCCCUGUCUGGUACAGGAGGCCUGGUUCCUCCAUCACCCAGCAGAGACAUACUCCCCUGUCUGGUACAGGAGGCCUGGUUCCUCCAUCACCCAGCAGAGACAUACUCCCCUGUCUGGUGUGGGGGGCAGUCAGGUGUUGGUUCCCCAGAAGGUGAGUGCUGUAUUGGGGAAGAAUGUGACGUUGGGCUGUAGCGUGGAGGUGGGGGCCAACCUCAGUCUUACCCAGAGUUCCUGGGAGCGCCGGCUCCCCACAGGCUCGGUGACUGUGGCGGUGUACAAUCCCGUGUUUGGCAUCUCGAUCCCCCCAAACUAUGUGCGCCGCCUGUCCUUCCGCUCGCCCUCCUCCCAUGACGCCACCAUCGUACUGGAGGAUGUGGGCUUUGAGGACAUUGGAGUGUACACCUGCAAGGUGGCCACCUUCCCCCUGGGCAACACACAGGCCUCCACCACUGUCAGCGUGCUCGUGGAGCCCAGGGUGUAUGUGUCGGCUGGCUCGGUGGCUCUGAUCGACGAGGGCAAUGAAACAGUGGUGGCCACCUGCAUCGCUGAGCGGGCCCGGCCCCCCGCCGAAGUCUCCUGGGAAACGGACCUGUUUGGCCAAUCAGAGGUGUCGCUGCAGGACGAGGCAAACGGCACGACCAGCACCCAGGUGCGCUACCUGUGGCAGCCCACCCGCCACGUCCAGGGUCACGCCCUCACCUGUGUGGUGCGCCAUCCUGCCCUGCACACAGACUUCAGGAUCCCCUACCAGCUCAACGUGCAGUACGCCCCAGACAUCGUGGUGGUAGGUUAUGACGGUGACUGGUAUGUGGGCCGUGAGAACAUCCAACUGACCUGCAAAGCCAACGCAAACCCACCAGCACACCACUUCACAUGGAUCAGACUGGACGGGAAAAUGCCAGAGGGGGUGGAGAUAGUGAACAACACGUUGCUGUUUCUGAGGCCCCUCCAACGGAAUGACUCUGGAGUCUACAGGUGUGAGGUUGCCAAUGACAUCAACCUACGCAGCAGGGACCUGCGGAUACGCGUACAAGAUCCUCCCACCACCUCCAUGCCCUCCACCACCCCUGCGCCUGUCCUAACCGGCUCUGCCUCCUCAUCCACCUCUGUGGGAGAUAAGCGACGGGUCCUCUUCACCUCCCCCACCCUGGCAGCCCUGCCCCCCGACAACCACCUGGGCACCAUCGUGGGCGGGGCUGUGGGCGGAGCCUUGUUCCUCCUGCUGCUGCUGGUAGUGGGCGGGGUAUGUUACCUACGACAACGGCAGACCUUCCGCGGGGACUACUACACUAAGCAGUACCUAGGGCCUUCAGACAUGCAGAAGGCUCCUCCACAGCACAAGCUCCACCCCACUAAGCCUGCCAAUAACGUCUACCUAGACAAGGACCGCGAAGAGUGGGGCGACCGCGAACGCAACCACGUGCGGGACCGUGAACGCCUCCACAUGCAUCCAACAUCAACAACCAUCAUAAACAACCACAGAGAACCGGAGUACCAGCCCAACGGCCUCACGAGGGCGAUGAGGAACGGAGACCACCACGACCACCUGCGUAGCUACCCCAGCCCCCACCAAACAGGCCAUGCUAGAUACGCUGCCCCGUCACACCCACUGAGCACUGGCUCCCCCUACCUAUCGGAUGACUGCUAUGACAGCGGGGCUGAGGGGGACUAUGUCUCCCAUAUGGAUGGCUCAGUGAUCUCACGCAGGGAGUGGAGGUAUUUUCCUCUGAUUUUGAUCCUCAUCAUGGAAGGUGACGUCAUCUUUAGCUCCCUCACUCAUCAUACAGCCUGUGCUCCGGUGCAUCACAUGGAGAACCAGUCCCAGGAAAAGAUGGCGAACUCUGUUGCUGUGGCAGGGGCAGUGAUGGGGGCUGUCCUCGCCCUCUUCCUCAUAGCCGUCUUCACCAUCGUCCUCCUCACUGCACGGAAGACCUCGGCCCCAACGUACACAGACAAAGGUCAGUUUCAUGACAAGCUGGCCAAUCAGCCGCUCCCGUUCCAUAGCGGUGGGAGGCCCCUAGCGGACCAUCACUCCCAGAUGAUGUUCGUCAUGAGGGAGACAGAGAGCGACACAGCUCACAGGGCUGUGCGGCAGUUUGAGAUCGCAGAGAGAACACCUGUCAGGCUCACACCCCGGGAACCCCGAAGCCCCUCCCACCAGCCUCUGUCCUAUCAGGAGUGGGUGUGUCACCAGAACGGGGCGGAUCGCAUCUACAUCAACCACCGGGAACACUAUGUGUGA